CAUCCAAAUUCUUCAUUAAAAGCUGCCAAAGAUUCCCCAAACAUUAUUUCAAAUUUGAAACAGAGCCCAUGAUUUCAUCUCUGUUCGGAGUAUCAAAUUACUUCUGUUUCAAUUCUUUUCUGCUCCCUAUAUUCGUCAUCAAUCUCUUGAGUUUUCUCAAUUCUUGGUUGUUCCCCCCACCCCUUUUUUUUGUUUAAUUGAAGGACAGAAAUGGUGAAAAUGGCAGCCAAAUCUCCGACCUCAUCUCCGGUGACAAUCACAGUCACUUCCUCCGGUGGUUCGCGCAGCAUGGGAUUGACAAGCCCAGUGCCCCGCCACUCUGUUUCAAACAACCCCAAUUCUCCCUCUCCCCUCAGCGGCAGCGAAAAACGCAGAGCUUCUUCUAGUGGCGGUGGGAGAUAUCUUUCUUUCUCGAAAGAUAGCACCGAUGAGUUCGUAGCAUACACAGUUCACAUUCCUCCCACCCCCGAUAAUCGGGUUUUUUCUGAUUCACAAAACAGUCCUCCUCUUGAAUCCAGCAAAAGUAGAGGAAAAAACCCUAAUGAAGGUUUCAUUAAAGACACCAUCUUCACUGGUGGAUUCAACUCAGCAACGAAGGCCCACGUGAGGAAAAGCUCGGAAGAGGAGCCCGUGAUGGCGAAAUCAAAGUUGAUUUGUGGAAUGGAGGGUUGUGACGAGAAAGCUUUAGAUGGGAAGUUCAAGAAUUAUUGUGAGUGUGGUUUUGGGAUUUGCCAGGAUUGUUACUUGGAUUGUGUGGGAAAUGGUGGAGGGCAUUGUCCGGGAUGUAAAGAGCCAUAUAAGGAUAUUACAGAUGGCGAAAGUGAGGAAGAGCCGCGGUCUGAGGAGAAGGAUCAGGCUAAUCCACUGCCUUCUUGGGGGAGGGGAGUUAAGUUGGAGAAGAAUUUCUCACUGGUGCAGUCUUUCAAGAAUCCAAACCACGACUUUGAUCAUACACGAUGGUUGUUUGAGACGAAGGGGACUUACGGAUAUGGGAACGCUUUGUGGCCGAGGGAUGGUUAUGAGUUCGGAAGAGGAACGGAGAGAUAUGAGAACCCUCCAGAUUUUAGUGAUAGAAGGAACAAGCCAUUGACUAGGAAAAUUGGGAUUUCUGCAGCAAUAAUCAGUCCAUACAGAUUGCUGAUGGUCCUUCGCCUUGGGGUUCUGGCUUGCUUCCUUGCAUGGAGGAUAAUGCAUCCUAAUCAUGAGGCUAUAUGGUUAUGGUUGAUGUCUGUGGUUUGCGAAAUUUGGUUUGCAUUUUCUUGGGUUCUUGAUCAACUCCCAAAGCUUUGCCCAGUGAAGAGGGUGACCGACCUGUCUGUCCUAAAAGAGCGCUUUGAAUCAUCAGAACCAAAUCUUCGGAACCCCAAGAAGUUAUCCGACCUUCCGGGCAUAGAUGUUUUUGUUUCUACAGCUGAUCCGGACAAGGAGCCACCCCUUGUGACAGCAAAUACAAUUCUUUCCAUUCUUGCAGUUGAUUAUCCAGUCGAAAAGGUGGCAUGUUACGUAUCAGACGAUGGAGGCUCAUUGGUAACAUUUGAAGCUUUAGCUGAGGCUGCUAGCUUUGCCAGAGUGUGGGUUCCUUUCUGUAGAAAACACAAGAUAGAACCAAGGAAUCCUGAGGCAUACUUUGGGCAAAAGCGUGAUCCACUAAAGAACAAAGUGCGACUUGAUUUUGUCAGAGACAGACGGCGAGUGAAGAGAGAAUAUGAUGAAUUCAAAGUAAGGAUAAAUGCCUUACCAGACUCAAUAAGGAGAAGAUCAGAUGCUUAUAAUGCUCAAACAGAGAUGAGGGCUAAAAAGAAACAAGUCGAACUUGGUGUAAAUCCAUCAGAACCAAUUAAGGUCCCUAAGGCUACUUGGAUGGCAGACGGAAGUCACUGGCAUGGAACCUGGUCGUCAGCAGAGGAUGGUCACUCAAGAGGUGAUCAUGAGGGUAUUAUACAGAUAAUGUUAGUCCCAGCUAGCGCUGAACCAGUUUUUGGUAAUGAAGUCGAUGAGGAGAACUUGAUUGACACAACAGAUAUUGAUGUCAGAUUGCCCAUGCUAGUUUAUGUCUCCCGUGAGAAGAGACCUGGUUUCGAUCACAACAAGAAAGCUGGUGCGAUGAAUGCUUUAGUCCGCGCCAGUGCAAUAAUGUCGAAUGGUGCAUUCAUUCUAAAUCUGGAUUGUGACCACUACAUCUACAAUUCUUUGGCUAUGAGGGAAGGAAUGUGCUUUAUGCUCGACAGAGGCGGUGACAAGAUUUGCUACGUCCAGUUUCCACAAAGGUUUGAGGGAAUUGAUCCAAACGAUCGUUAUGCAAACCACAACACAGUGUUCUUUGAUGUUAACAUGAGAGCCCUUGACGGAUUACAAGGUCCAAUGUAUGUUGGGACAGGCUGCAUUUUCAGGCGAGUUGCUCUGUACGGGUUUAGUCCCCCUAGAGCCACGGAACAUCAUGGAUGGUUUGGCAGACAGAAGAUCAGAAAGCUUCUCAGGAAAUCCAAGGAGAAGAAAGAUGAAGAAGAUGACGAAAUGCUUUUGCCCAUAAACGGGAAUCAAUACGAGGAUGAUGAUGCUGCCAGGGCCUCACUUGCAAAGCAGUUUGGAAACUCUACUUCUCUUAUUGACUCUAUUGCUGUUGCUGAAUUUGGAGGCAGGCUGCUUCAUGAACUGAGGGGAAAAGGCUGUCUGGGAAGACCGGCUGGUUCUCUUGCAGUGCAACGUGAACCGUUGGAUGCUUCAGCACUAGCAGAAGCAGUUAGUGUCAUAACAUGCUUCUAUGAAGAUAAAACCGAAUGGGGCAAGAGGGUUGGAUGGAUAUACGGUUCUGUGACUGAAGAUGUUGUCACUGGUUACAGAAUGCACAACAGAGGUUGGAGAUCGGUAUAUUGCGUUACUAAGAGAGAUGCAUUCAGAGGAACAGCCCCAAUAAACUUAACAGAUCGACUCAAUCAAGUUCUUCGUUGGGCAACUGGUUCCGUCGAGAUCUUCUUCUCUCGCAAUAAUGCUCUAUGUGCAAGUCCUAGAAUGAAGUUCCUUCAGCGAGUGGCAUAUUUCAACGUUGGAAUUUACCCCUUCACCUCCAUUUUUCUCCUUGUAUACUGUGUCCUUCCUGCACUUUCGCUCUUCUCAGGAAAGUUCAUCGUCCAAUCGCUGGAUGUGACUUUCUUGGUAUUCUUAUUGACCAUCACUCUCACACUCUGCAUGCUGGCUCUCCUGGAAAUCAGAUGGUCCGGGAUCACUCUCCACGACUGGUGGCGGAACGAGCAGUUCUGGUUGAUCGGUGGAACUAGUGCACAUCCUGCUGCUGUAAUUCAAGGCCUACUCAAAGUCAUUGCAGGAAUCAACAUCUCCUUCACACUGACAUCAAAAUCCUCAGCACCAGAAGAUGGAGAAGACGAGUUUUCCGAGCUAUACAAGUUCAGAUGGACAACAUUGAUGAUCCCACCAAUCACAAUAAUCAUGUUCAACGUCAUUGCAAUUGGAGUAGCCAUCUCUAGGACUGUUUACAGUCCUUUCCCACAAUGGAGCAAGCUACUUGGUGGUGUAUUCUUCAGCUUCUGGGUGCUUUCUCAUCUCUACCCUUUUGCAAAGGGAUUGAUGGGGAAGAAGGGGAAGAUUCCGACGAUCGUGUAUUUAUGGUCCGGACUCAUCUGCAUUAUUAUUUCACUGCUCACAGUGUAUAUAUAUCCUCCUCUGGGGACUCAAGGAAACAUAAGGAUUGAGUUACCUUGACCAAAAUAGCCAUUGCCUGUCCCGGGCAGCAUCCGAUUCUUCAGAUUUCAAGUUGCACUCCACGAGAAUGAAGUUACUCUACUUCAUCUUGAGUUAAGUUCUUCAGUUUUCUACUACAUAUAUUUAUUGUUGGAUGACAAUAUUAAUUUCCUUGAAUUCGUGUUCAUCGUUUGGUUCAUUGUCUUGAUUUCUUGAGUGUAACGUCGUGUAAUUGUAGUUUAUGUUCAAGAGUUUUUGUACUUGUCUCAUCUUUGCGUAGAAUGCAAAUGUUGUACAUGAUGUAAUCAACCUGUGUCUUGUUUUUUCCUAAUAUGUGCAGCAACUAUAGUGUUUAUAAAUGGACAAGGAUUGAGCA